AUGGGGGACCACGACGGUUCGGCGCUUCUGGAAACCCAGAAAUAUGUCUUUGUCGAUAUCGAGCAGAGGCAUAACCUGAUCACCUCGUUGUCAAUCGGUGGGUCGAUACACAGAGUACUGGUCGAGCCCCUAUCACGCCAUGGUAUGUUCAAUGCGGCUCACAUUGUAACCACCCACACUUAUCCCCGCGGGACUCGCCUCCGCGCUUACGCCCGCGAAAUCUGGGCUGACCAUCACAGUCACGUCUGGAGAUAUGGUCCAUGGGGCACUCCACGUCUGCAGGACAGCCAUCAUCCCACACUGCCAGUCCCCUUCCCCGGUAAACCCUCGGUCUCCCGAACAUCAGCCGGCCUCAAAAUUUGCUUCCAGGACCCUGAGCUGGGUAUCGGCAACGGUCACGAUAUUCGCCCCGCCAUGCGGUCACCUCGCUCCACUAUGACACCCCUUUUUCCAAAAUCUUCAGGAACCUGA